GCCAUGGCUUCACUUUCAUCCCUUCACUCCAUUUCUACUGCCUCCUUAAAGACUCUAUCUGCAUCUUCAUCUCAAAAGAAGAUACAGAAAGAUAACCAUCUUAAAGUUAUCCAAUGUAGAGCUAAUAAUAAAAGCCGUGAUCAAGAUAACCAUGGAAAUGAAACUAGCAGCACGAGUUUCAUUGAUAGAAGAGAUAUGCUUAUUGGUCUAGGAGGUAUAUAUGGUGCAACAACAGCUGGGUUUGGUACAGACCGCAAGCCGGCUAUUGCGGCUCCCAUAACUAUACCUGAUUUAUCAAAUUGUAGUCCAACAGAUCUUCCGCCUGGUGUGACAGGAAUAAACUGUUGUCCACCACCAACCACAAAAAUCGUCGAUUUUGAACUACCAUCUGCUUCUACUCCUCUAAGGGUUCGUCCAGCUGCUCAUUUAGUUGAUGAGGCUUAUAUCGCUAAAAUUAACAAAGCCUAUGAACUUAUGAGAGCUCUACCAGACGAUGAUCCACGUAGUCUAAUAAACCAGUCUAAUCUCCACUGUGCUUAUUGUGAUGCUGCUUUCAAUCAAACUUUAGCUGGUUUCCCUAACUUGGAAAUUCAAGUUCAUUCAGGCUGGCUUUUCUAUCCAUUCCAUAGAUACUAUCUUUACUUCCAUGAGAAAAUCUUGGGAAGUUUAAUUGAUGAUCCAACUUUUGCUUUACCGUUCUGGAACUGGGAUUCUCCUGCUGGUAUGGAAAUACCUUCUAUAUAUGCAAAUCCGGCUUCUUCUCUUUACAACAGACUUCGUGACGCGCUACAUCAGCCACCAGCUUUAAUUGAUUUUAAUUACAAUUUGGUUGAUUCUAAUCUCCCUGCACAGCAACUCAUUACAUCUAAUCUUACAACCAUGUACCGCCAAGUAGUGUCUGGUGGAAAGACACCCACACUUUUCCUAGGAUCUCCUUAUCGAGCCGGUGAUCCACCGGCCCCUGGUGCAGGAACACUGGAGUCUCUUCCCCAUAAUAUAAUACAUGGUUGGGUUGGAGAUAGAACACAACCUAACCUGGAAACAAUGGGUAGCUCUUAUAUUUCAGCGACGGAUCCAAUGUUUUUUGCUCAUCAUUCGAAUGUUGACCGCAUUUGGCUUAUAUGGAAGAGUUUAGGAGGGAAAAGAAAGGAUUAUACAGAUCCUGAUUUUUUAAAUGUUGGUUUGAUUUUCUACGAUGAGAAAAAACAGCUCGUGAGAGUGACGGUUAAAGAUUGUUUGGAGCACGAGAAAUUAGGUUAUAAGUAUCAGGACGUGGAGAUUCCAUGGCUGCAAACAAAACCCAAACCUCCUACAGGAAAGAAGGUCGACAAGAAUGCAGUUGGCAAGACAGAGUACCCUAUAACGCUCGACAAGACGGUGCAACUACUGGUUAAAAGGCCAGUUACAGAAAAACGAAGCAAGAAAGAAAAAGAAGAUAAAGAAGAGAUGUUGAUUAUAAGCGGUAUUGAGCUCAAUAGAUGUGCUCGUGUAAGAUUUGAUGUCUUUAUUAAUUAUGAUGGCGAGGUUGGUACAGAUUCAUGUGGAUGUGCAGGUAGUUUUACGAACCUACCACAUGCACAUGGAGAUAAAGAUGGCAACGGCGAAAAACUCAAGACUCCUUUGAAGUUAGCAUUAACUGAUAUCCUUGAAGAUUUAGAUGCUGAAGAUGAUGAGUAUAUUGUUGUUACUAUGAUACCAAGAAAGUCGACAGAAAAUGGGCAGGAGCAGGUUGUUACAAUUGAUGAUAUACAAAUCCAGUUUGAUUGAUCGAUACCAUAUCGAGAAUAAUUCAUCUUAAAAUGUUUGAAUUCUCUAUCUUUGUUAGUUACUUAAAUCUUUCCAUGUAUGUGUGGUUUUUAAUAAAAAUUCUUGAUCAAGGUAUAUAUGUUCCUUGACCCAUGCUUAAAUAUGUUCACCAUGCAGGAAACUGUAUGGUGUAACUGUAUUUACAACUUACAAGUCCAAGAAUGUCAAUUACAUUUUCACACAA